AUGCACACGGACAAUAAACUGGCCAAUCAUGGCGAGCAAGUCACCGGUGACGGACGAGCUCAAAUGGCCGCUGUAAACCUGCAAGCCCAGCAGCAGGGAGCCGCCGGUCAGCCGGGCCCCAAGAACCGCCUCGCUUCCGGGGGGCAUGGAGGCAACAAGAGUAGCACCGGGUCAAAGGUCGCCGGGCAAUUGGCGAGCGGCGCCGGGGGGAUGCUCAAAACCAAAAGCAAGCGGGAGAGGAGUGUGUCUGUGGAUUCUAAUGAACCGAGACAGGCUGCUUCCAAAAGUCAGGAAGCUGAUACCAAAGCAGAGGGUGUCACGCGCAGUAAGCGUCGAUGUGUUCUGGAGAAGAAGCAGCCAUACAGUGGAGAUGAAUGGUGCUCUGGACCCGACACCGAAGACGAUGAAGACAAGCCUCGUUUGACCACGCAACGCGAGCGAGGGCUGUCAGGACCUAGGCAAUCUGAUAAUCCACCUGCAGGGACUGCCACAUCUGAGCCUGUAGUGGCUUGUGGACCAGGACCAGUAACUGGACUGAAGCCAGGACCGCCUGCGCCUCAGCCCUCACAGCAGCUGUUGUAUGUCUUCACAACCAGUAUGGCCAACAGUGCUGCAGAGGCAGUGAUGAAAGGGAAGGUGGAUUCCAUUCUUCAAUUCCACCAGCAAAAUGUUCCACGAACAAAGUUGGAGCAGGGACAUGCACUGCUUAGAACUGGUGAGAAGGUGAACUCCAGCACUUCUCCACCCGCAGGCACACCUAAAUCCAAAAGUGGAACCCCUCGACCCAACUCGGCUGGAGGCAGUGUCCCACUCUCUGCGGGAACUCCGAUGCCAGAGGGAGAUGGCAAAGGCACACCUUUAGGCUCAGUCUCAGGAGCUGUACACGAUGAGGGUCUUCCCGUUCCUAGUCUUUCCCCAUCAGGGAGUCCUUCCCUCUUGUCCGUGCAUUUACAGGGUGACACAAGAAACAGAAGUGGCCCUGAAAAUGUAGGCGGUCUUUCUAAGGAGCAGCUUGAACACAGGGAACGUUCAUUGCAGACUCUGAGAGACAUCGAGAGGCGAUUUCUAGGCACUGGUGAAAGACCUCAUAGUGACACGGGAGGCUCCAACAAUAACCUUACGAAUAAUGCUUCCAAUGAGAUUAACAACAGCAGUAGUGAGCGAGGCGCUAUUCUUGAGGACAAUAACGGUACGAACACUGGGGAUUGCGGUAGCAUGGCACUGUCGGCCUUGGCCUCACUGGGAAACGUAAAGAAAUUUGAAGAACCACUGCAGUCCAUAAUGUCUCAAACGCAAUUGCUCAGCACUGCUACCCACAGCCCGGAAAUAGACCAUCACCAUAAUCUACAGCAGCACUCUCAUCAUCAGAUAUCCUCACCUGGUUUAGACAUGGGCCCCUUACUUGGACCGGAAGGGCUUAAUCAAGAACAAAUUGCGUGGCGGAAACUACAAGAGGAGUACUACCAGGAGAAGAGGAGGCAACAAGAAAUGCAAAGUCCCCAGAACUUGAGGAUGAUGACUGAAAUGGGCUUGCAUGGAGGUCCCAUGAUAAUAAGGGGACCACCUCCCCCAUAUCAUAGCAAGCCUGGAGAUCAACAAUGGGCUUCUCGAAACAUGAUGGGAGGAAGAAUGGCCGAAAACGUACGAAUGGCAAGUAUGCAUCAAGAAGGACCUGGGCGCCCAAGGUUCCUAGCACAGAUGCAGAGAGGGACACCAGGUGGAGAAGGGUUUCCUGUUAGUCCAGGGGGGCUUUUAUCUGUCGAUGGUCUAGGACCUCAAAGGCCUACAAGGCCAGAGAUUUGGCUUGAUAAUAUGCCAAACAACAUGGAUGGCGGAGGUCAAUUCCAUGGCUGCUACCCUCCACAGCACUUGCAGGAUGAGCCAGAGCAUUUAUUAACCCGUGAGGAAUUGUUUCGGAUAACAGAGAAGCGACAAAUGCAGGGGCUUCCACGGUUUGAACUGGACCGGAUUAUUGCACAGAGGCAACAUGGCAAUAUGGGCUCGAGAAUCAUGGAAAAUCCAGGGGGACCAGACUUCUCCAAUUUGAUAAUGGGGAGAGGUCCACCUUCAGAUCAAGGGGAUCCUUUGGACUUUCCUAGUUCACGGGACAUGAUGAGUUCUCCUGGAGGUGGGCCUCAGAUCAGAGAUUUAUUGGACUCUCCCCUCGGAAGCAACCUUACUGUAAACAUGAACCCACAGAUGAAUCUUCAACAGCAACAUUUGACUCUGUCACAAAAGCUCAGAAGGGGCCAAGAAAGAGCGGGACCUUUUGGUGAGUUUAUCAGUCCUGGAGAAAUGGCAAGAAUACGAGCGUCGCAAAAUGAGAGAAGAAAUAUGGCAAUGGUCUCAGGACCUGAUGGACCAUUUCGUUUUCCGACACAAGGCCCUUUCUCCAGUGGUGAAGGUCCAUAUCCUCAGCAGCCCCCUGAGCUGUACGGGCCUGAGCCGGAAAGCCGAAAUCCAUUGGGAAGUACGUCACGUCUCAGUCAUAUGCCAAUCACUGCAGACCUCAGAGCAGGAGGUUCUGGUCCCCGGCAUUCUAGCGACCUAUCUGUUAAUAUUCACCCUCUGGCUUCUCCUACGGUCCAGCAUCCUCACCAUCUUAGUUCUCCAUCCUUUCAACGAGAUGCAUCAACUCACCUUCCAUCACCGUCUGCUCCAGGACAGAAGUCUCCUUCAAUUAUUGUCCCUCCAGGUCCUCACCCUGCUUUUCCCCCUGCUUCUGGUGCAGGAACACCUUGUUCUUCUUCCAUCAAAUCACCCCAAAUAAUGGGGCCUUCUAACCAUGACUUGCACUCCCCUUCCAACUCACCUGGACGGCUGAAGUCCCCAACUGUGGCUAUGGGCUCUCCUACGUGGAUUUCUCCGAAAACGGAUCCUUCAAGUCCAGGUGGACUUACCGGUGUGGGGGCUUCAGGUAAUGGAGGAACACACCCUGAAACAGGUCGAUCACUACCCGCUAGAAGUUCCAACUCCACCCCAAAUAGCCAACCAGGCUCGAUGAAUCCUAGUAUGACAUUCACAUCUUCGCCCAAUGCCCCACAAACACAGAAUCCUUUGUCGCUGAUCAUGUCUCAGAUGUCCAAGUAUGCUCUGCCCAGCGCCACUCCCCUUUACCACGAUGCAAUCAAAACAAUUGCGACUUCUGACGACGAGAUGAUGCCCGAUCGACCUCUUCUGCCUGGUGUCAGCAUUGGAGGAAACAUUGGGAACCCUCCGACAUCCCAGGGCCUGGUCUCACAGAGUUCCAUCGCUGCCCAGAGUGAUUCCCAAAGCCCCGUGGGAAUCCCAAGCCAAGGUCAGCAGCAACUAUCCCAUGAUGCCUCGGAACCUGUGCUGUCUUCCCCAAACCCAAUGGGCCUUCCUCUCAUGACUUCCACCAUGAUGGGAGGAGGAAAUGAUGACCUCGGUCCUUGCAAUAUUUCACCAAUGUCUCAAAACCAGAUGGCGGUUUUUCCCCGCAUGCAGCCUUCGUCUCACAGCCGUAUGCGAUCUCCCAUUGGCAGAAUAUCUCAAAACUUUUCUCAGUCCAGCGAAGACAUUCUUUCUCCUCAGCACCUCAACUUGCUAGGUAAAGACCCACACCAACGCCACCCUCAUCCCUCAGAGACCUUACCGCCUCUUACCAUGGGAGACGGCCCAGAUCUGAGUGAAGUCAUACGACCUACUCACUCUGGGAUCCCUGAGUUCGACCUGUCUCGCAUCAUUCCCUCUGAUAAACCCAGCAGCACCCUCCAGUAUUUCCCUAAGAGUGAACCGCACCAGAAUCCAAACCAGGGGCCGCAACCCCAGCAGCUCCUUAAACACUUAACUUCCUCCGGUCCUCCUCACAUGUCAUCAUCCAACCCCCACUUGGCCAAUUUGCAGAAUAUGCUGCCAGAGCAGCAGCUGCCUCCUCACCAGGGUCAUGGCGGACUCGGACAAAAUAUGGCUGUCCUCCAAGGAAAUACCAGGGGGAUGGUGUCCAGUGCAGGCAUGGGUGCUAUGUGCCGUGGUGGACACAUGUUUGGAAGGACAGGCAUGGUUCCCCAACAACAGCAAGUCAUGAUGGCAAACAGCCUUCUCCACCAUCCUGCCAGCCCAUAUACAGGAAUGAUGUCACCUCAGCAGCACCAGCACAAUUUAAUGGCGCGGCAAAAUGCGAUGAUGAUGCAGGCCAAGCAACGCAACAUGCCCAUCCCGGGAGACCCCUUUAGCACCCAGGGUGCUUUAAUGUCCCCUCAGGGUCCCAUGAUGGCCCCAUCCCACACGCAGACUGGAAUGAUGGGACCGCAGUCUCUCAGACAGCGGGGUAUGUCUCUGGACAGCCCCAUUGGGUACGGUCCUGGCGGUAUGACCAACAUGCCUUUUUGAUCCACCUAAGCGUCGACGUUAUAAUUGUACUUAGUGUAUCAUUUGUUCUUUACGGUUACAUUUAAAAAAAAAAAAACAAUCAGUCACUGUUUUUUAUUUGACAAUGAAAAGAUCAAAUUAUGCACGGAUUGGCGUGACCACUUUUUUUUUUUUUUUUAGUAACGUCUGUUUUUGGGAGAAGAAAACUUAGGAACAUCAGUAACAAGCUUCCUGUGGUGGACUGCUACUUUAUACUUGUACAUUGAAAUAUUUAAGAGCCUUGUAAAAUGGUCCGAGAUUAAAAAUCUGCAGCGCUUUUCUAGAAAAAAAAAAUACUUUAUGUACAUUUCUGAGAUUUGCUUGUUUGUUGGGAAUCAUUUGGCAGAUAAGAGUGCCUCGAAUUUGUAAUUUUUGUCUCUAUUUCUUCAACUACCAAAAACUGCUGCGCAAAGGAGUUAUAUAUAUAUAU